AGCGGGGCUGGAUCCCGGUCCCGAUCCCGGUGCCGAUCCCGGUCCCGUCCCGGUGCCGCCGCCAUGAGCGCGCCGGGGCCGCCGGGCCGCGGUUUGCUGUUCGCCGAGAGCCAGCUCCGGCGGCACGGCUGGAGGCGAGGGCAGGGGCUGGGCCGGCAGGAGCACGGCAUCGCCGAGCCCAUCCGGGUGAAGGUGAAGUGCGGCACGGCCGGGGUGGGACACGACGCGUCCGAGCCCUUCUCCUUCCACUGGUGGGACCACGUCUUCAACCAGGCUGCUGCCAACAUCACGGUGGAUGCUGGGCAGGACGGCAUCUCCGUGAAGGCGCUUUCCGAGCAGGGAGUCAGGAUCAGCAAUAAGAAGCCCCGCAAGGCCGGCAGCACCCCCAGUUUGUUGUAUGGCCGCUUCGUGAAGUCGGCCACGCUCACAGCACACGGUGAGGAGCCCACAGGCUCUGCGAGCAGUGAGGAGGAGGAAGAGCUGGACCUGUCUUCAGCCAGGAGGCUGACGGAUGAGGAGCUGAUGCGAGUGUGUGGGGGCCGCACAGCACACAAGGGUGCCCGGCACGGCCUGACCAUGAGUGCCAAGCUGGCGCGCCUGGAGGAGCAGGAACGAGCAUUCCUGGCCACGUACGGACACAAGGAGCCCCCCGAGAGGCAGGGAAAGAAGAGGAAAAGGGAAGAGUCCAGGGAUGGAGCCAGUGCCAAGGUGCUGCAGAGGCAGGAGCUGAGCGAGGAGGAGGAGGGAGAUGAAGGAAAGGAUGUAAAGAGGAGGAAGAAGAAGAAGCAGGAGCCAAAUGGAGAAGAGGAGGUGGCAGGAGAGGAAGGGAAGGCUGCAAAGAGGAAGAAGAAGAAGCAGCAGCAGCAGGAGUAUAAAGAAGAGCCAAUUGUGAUGAAGAAGAAGAAGAAGCAGAAGGAGAACAAAGAAGAGCCAAUUGUGAUGAAGAAGAAGAAGAAAAAGAAGCAGCAGGACAAAGAACCAGCUCAGACAGAGAUGCCUCUGGAAGGCACAGAUGGGCCAGACCAGGCCAGACACAGCCCCAGGAAGAAGAAGAAGAGGAGGAGGAAGAAGGACCCAGAGUGAGCAAGGGCCCUGUGGCUGGUUCCAUCUGGCUGCAAGGGUCCCAAUUCCUGUCCUUGGUGCCCAAGGAUGCUCUGGGCUCUUUGUGGCCUGGCUGAGUGUUCAUCCCUGCCUGGGGAUGCUGGGCUGGGACUGCUUGGGCUGGAGCUGGAUUGAGCUUUACUUCCAUCAGGGAGCAUCCCCAGUUCCAACCAGGGACCCCUUGGGGAUGGGUCAAUCCCAGAGGGACACAUGGGACAGACCCCACAGAGCACUGAAAUGUUCUGUCAAGGGCACGAAUAAAGCUUUUAUUGCCAUGAAA